AUGCGCUUCAAGAGCCAGAUCAAGAAUGUGAACCUCUUUGCCAAAUUUUGCGCAUCGCUGGCCUCUCUGGGUCAAAUUGCUUGGUGUAGAUUGAACGAUGACGAUGUCCAAUUCACCAUCGUGCCCGACAAGGGUAGUCAGGUCUGGUCUGUUCUGAAAAUUGAGACCGUCUUCGACAGCUACAUUCUGCAAUCUGCCUCCGAAAGAAAUACCAUCAACCUCGAAGUCCCCAUUCAAGCCCUCUCCCGUGCGCUGAAGUCAGCAUAUGGAGCCACGUCUACCCAGCUACGACUGACUAAAAAAGACAAUGUGCCCAUGCUGUCUUUGACCAUCGUAACCAAUACCUUCAGCAGUGGAAACAAUGUCGUCGCUAUCCGUAGCACUACUGUGGGUGGAGCGAUUCCUGACGGCUUCGAUUUCGAUGACGAUGUUGCGGCCCCAUCGCAGGCAGCUACCCACCGUGGAAGUCCUCGAGAAAGAGAAACCAUCAUUACUCAAGACAUCCCUGUGAAAGUGCUAUCCAUGGAGGUAGUCGAGCGAAUCCAUCAGCCUCGCACUCAAGAGCCAGACGUCAACAUUUACCUCCCACCGUUGGCUCAGGUAAAAACCAUUUCUGAGCGUUUUACCCGCCUCGCCAUGGCCACCUCAAAGUCUUCAUCUGCCACUAGUCCUCGCCUUGAGCUCAGUGCCAAUAUGCAUGGCUCUCUCAAGAUCUCCUUAAAGACCGAUGCGCUAAAUAUUACAAGCCGCUGGACUGGUCUCACUAAUCCGGAGCUCGACCCAGCACAAUUCCAAGAUGGCCAAGAAGGUGUUAGAAAUCACCCAAGCACAAAGAUGAAGGAGCUUGGUGGGCCAAAUGGUGAAAAUGAAGCCGGUUGGUCCAAAGUUAGAAUUGACGCAAAAGAUUGGUCCAGGGUACUCAGUGUGGGGAGGGUAAGUGCACGAGUAAUUGCAUGUUUCAUAAAUGAUGGUGGUCUGGUUAUGUACGUGUAUUUGCCCAAUGAUGAGCAUGGCAGCGAGGAUGAGUCGUGUCUAACGUACUACAUCAGCUCCUUCGCUACUUAG